AUGACUCGAAAUAACCUGUCAGGCCACCUCACCUGGUUGUUGAAGAACGCCGCCUUAUCAAAGCCCGCCGCUCGAGAGCUUCCCCAAGCCAGCGAUUCAGCAUCCUUUCGAUUUUCGCAAUCCCAGUCUGCAAGCGGUCGUACGGCAGAACCAAGUCAGGCUACCACUGUAUCAGCUGGAGGAGACAGACGGACACACCAGGUGCAGGACUCCUGGAGCUCAAAUGGCCCGCCGAAGAGAGAAGAGGGUUCCCUGGGUACAGAAGUGGUGGCAGUAGAGGACGACGACAUGGGCCGGCUAAACUUGUCUGCCGGGUCAAAAAAGCCUUCGCUUUUGUCACAAAAUGGCAGACUGGCAACGCCGUCAUCAGAAAGCCACCCAUCUCCAGGAUUCGACGCUGAUUUUGCGGACUUCGAUGUUGACGAUCUCGAGUACAUGGACCUCACGAGAACAACUGGCGCCUCUGAUGAAUCUGAUGAGUUUGGCGAGGAUGUCAAAGUCUGGACCGAAAAGGACGCAUCCUGGGAGGCACCGUUGCCCAAGUCAAAGAAGAGGAAGAGUGCCGACGCUGGUGAUGCUGUCGCUGGUGCCGAUACUCAGUUUCCUGAUGUCUAUCAGAUUCUGGGAACCUCUCCUCCUGCCCCGACUCCCGGUCGACAGUCCGCAAAAAAGGUCAGUUCUGCUGUGCCAAAACCUCAAGUUCCACGGAAGCCCAUUGUUAUUAAUCGACCACAGAGUGUCAAAGCACCGUCUUCCAAAUUACCUUUGGUAGGGUCGUCAUCUCCCUUGGGGCGUGUUGCCAAUCGAAGAUCACCGUCUCCUAUCAAGCGAACUCCAGAGAAAGACUAUGCCAUCACGAGCUCCGAGAGACGGAAGAAGGCGAAAGUUUCUGGUCAGCGUUCUGCGUCUCCAGAGCCUCUAACUUUUGACAAGCACGUCCAUCAGACUGAGCAUCGCCAAUCCGACGAGUAUUGCAUUCCUGAUUCUGACGACGAAUUUGUGACCCCGCCGUCAGUUCCAGCUGCUGCGAGGAAGGACCAGGUGAAGCCAGUAGCCAACCCGGAGGAAGAUGACUUCAUCAUGGAUGUUGAAGACCUACCUACGAUUCCAGAACCCAGGAGAAAAGGUUCACCACUGGCUCCUCGGCGAGCACAGGCCAGAGACCUGGAGCUAUCUCACCAAAGCAUAUCCGAAACUCAGAGUACAGCCACUGUCGACAAUGGAAGCGAAACCAGCCAUCCGCAGCAGUCAUUCACGCCAUCCAGUCAGACAUCAAGACUAUUGUCCAGAAUAUUGUCGAAUCCGCAGCUUCUAGCGAAACGAUGCGAUUCUUUGGAUAAGCAGAUCCAGCAGAAUGACCGGGACUUCAUGAAAGCCAUCAAUGACAGAUUGCCGAAGGACAAGAGGGACGAGAUCAAAGCGGAGAAAGAAGCGCUCGUCAGACAACAGAAGGCGACUCAGGAGCUCGAUCAAUCAGUGAAGCACUACAGAAGCUUACACCAGCAGCGAGAAGCAGUGGCCCAGCAGGUAGCCCGAUCAUACGCCGAAGGCGCAAACACAGAUGAACAAGAAGCCCGACUGGAUGAGCUUACCGAGCACGUCGAGACGAAAGAGCGAGAGCUCUCCCAGAUGCUGGCCGCAGCAGGCAUCAAUGAAGCCAACCUACUAGAGACUCUGGAGUAUCCUGCCACGAGCCGGGCCGAUGACCAUAUCGUUGUGCUCGGCACCCAGGCUGGUCAUGGAGGCAUGGUCAACAUGUCGCGGAGUUCAAGAGACGUUCCAUUGCCUCUUGGAGGGACUCAGGUCGUUCACCAGACCCAGCUCCCGGAGCCCGUUCGGUCACAGCUCUGGAACGAGGCCAAUUCGGCUCAGAGGUUGACAGGUGGAAGUGGGGUUCUAUCCCCAGAUGACCAGAACUCACGAUCUGAGCCAUUUCCACGACAGUCAUCCCGGACUACUCAGUUGCCGAAUUACGCCUCGACAUCUGGUCCAAGAUCAGUGCCGACACUGGAUCAUGAUGUGGACGCCGAGGAAGAUUUCUUCUCUGACAUUGAUGACAUGGAUAUGCAGCUGCUGCCUAAACCGGCGAAGAAGGCCACUCUAGCCGACACACGCAAGGCACCUCAGAGGAGUCGCACUCAGCGCGCAGCAAAUGAGUUUAGCGACUUCAGUGACGAUGCUGAUAUGCUUGCAUUUGCUCAAGACUACGAUCUACGACAGUCUGCUCGCGAACCGCCCUCGGACUCCCGACGAGCAUUUUCCGAAACAUCUGGAAAUGCUGUGCCGGCGCCGAAGCAGAAGCAGGUUCCUAAAAGACAACCGCCUCCCGAUCCAUCCCAGACAAGGAUACCGGCGGAGCUCAUGAGGCAUCCUUGGUCUGCAGACGUACAGAAAACGUUGAAAGAUCGGUUCCGGAUGAAGGGGUUCCGGCAAAACCAACUGGAAGCGAUCAACGCCACCCUCGCAGGAGACGAUGCCUUUGUGCUAAUGCCAACGGGUGGUGGAAAGUCCCUCUGCUAUCAGCUUCCGGCUGUGGUAAAGUCCGGCAAAACAAGAGGUGUCACAAUCGUCGUAUCCCCUCUGCUGAGCUUGAUGCAAGAUCAAGUAGAUCACAUGAAAGCUUUGGGGAUACAGGCCGUUGCGUUCAACAGCGAGUGCUCGCCAGAGUACAAGCGGCAAGUCAUGUCUGCUUUCGAUGAGCGGAAUCCAGAGCACUUCAUAGAGCUUCUCUAUGUCACCCCCGAAAUGGCUAGCAAAAGCCCUCAGUUCAUGAACGCCCUGCAAAAUCUGUACCGGAACAAGAAAUUUGCCCGCAUUGUCAUCGAUGAGGCUCACUGCGUUAGCCAGUGGGGGCAUGACUUUCGUCCUGACUACAAGACUCUGGGACAGCUUCGAGCCAAGUUCCCUCAGGUCCCUGUCAUGGCAUUGACGGCCACUGCCACACAAAACGUCAUUGUCGACAUCAAACACAAUCUUCGUAUGAAGAACUGCCAGGUCUUUUCGCAAAGCUUCAACCGCCCGAACCUGUACUACGAGGUCCGGCCCAAAGGCUCCAACCCGGUGGUGACGCAGCAGAUUGCUGCCUUGAUCAAAGCCAAAUACCCCAACGUUACUGGAAUCAUCUACACGAUUUCGCGGAAGCAGGCCGAGGAUGUUGCCCAGAAGCUCUGUGAGCACGGCAUAACGGCGCGUCACUACCAUGCUCAAAUCACGCCCUCGGAGAAGGUGGAAGUACAAACUGCGUGGCAAAAGGGCCAAAUCAAAGUCGUCGUGGCUACGAUUGCUUUCGGGAUGGGGAUUGAUAAGCCAGACGUGAGAUAUGUGAUCCACCAUGGCAUCCCAAAGAGCUUAGAAGGCUAUUAUCAGGAAACUGGGCGUGCGGGGCGAGACGGGAAACCCUCCGACUGUAUCUUGUUCUACGGAAAAGGGGACAUAAGAGUCCUUAAGAAGCUGAUUCUAGACGGAGAGGGCAACAACGAGCAAAAGGAAAGACAGAUGGUGAUGCUGAACCGCGUGACAGCAUUCUGUGACAACAAGGCGGAUUGUCGACGAACCGAGGUCCUUCGCUACUUUGGAGAGGACUUUAGUCCGUCACAGUGCAACAAGACUUGCGACAAUUGCCAGGCUGGGCUUGUAUUCGAGCAGCAGGACUUUUCCGAAUACGCCAUAGCCGCCAUCCGAAUUGUCCAGCAGCAGCACAGGCUGACCGCAAACCAGUGUGCGGAUAUUCUGAUUGGGAGAAAGUACCCGGACAAUGAAAUGCAGAAUUCGGACGACUAUCACGGCAUGGCCAAGGGGAUGAAGAAGCACGAGAUGGUCCGCGUUAUCGACCGCCUCUCGGCUGAGAAGGGCUUCCAUGAGGACAACGUUGUUGGCAAUCAUGGAGUUGCUAUUCAAUAUCUCCAAAUCGGGCCUGCCGCCAACCAGUUUUUGACGGGGAGACGAAAGCUUAUGCUGACGGUCCAGGUUUCUGACAGUGGCGAUGGAGACCAGUCGAAGGCCAAGAGACCAAAAGCCAGCAGGAAGCAGAAAGAGCCGGCUAAUAACGUGCAAUCCACAUAUGUCUCGUCUCCAGUCAACGCACGCAGAAGAAGAGCGACAGUGGUUGACAGUGACGACGAGUCCAACCUACCCACCACCGCGCACGGCUAUGUGAAUGAUGGCUUUGUCGUCUCGGACGAAGAGAUGGAAGAUGAAGGCGAAGAGGACUUGGCCGAUGAGGACGAAGCCUUUGAGCCACUCCCUCAGCACCGACCAGCAAAACCAACCAACUCGCGCUCCAGCUCCAAACAAACACCACUGGCCGAACCUCAUCCAGGCAGACUGAAGCUGGAGGAUUUGCCAGAGAUUCAUCAGGAUAUGGUGGAUAAUUUCGUUCAAGAGGCACGCCAACUGGAGGAGCGCAUUCGUAACAGGCUUGACGUGAGACGACCGAUGUUUACGGACUCUCAGUUGCAAGAAAUGGCCAUUAACUGGACUACCUCACUCGACAGCAUGAAACGCAUCCCUGGCAUUGACGUCGACAAAGUUGACAAGGUUGGCAAGAAGCUGAUAUCAAUCUUGGAGGAAUACCAUAAGUUAUAUCGCGAGAUUGCUGCGGCGGAGUCUGGUGGUGCCGGCGCAUCAGCUUCCAACUUGAAUCAAGAAAUAGUGGACCUGAUCAGUUCGGAUCUCGAGGCUGAUGAGGAUGAAGAGGAGGCCAUGGGGAUGGAAGAGGACUCUCACUACUUUGCGCCAAAACCACCCGCGAAUGUGCAAGCAUUUCACGACAGGCUGCAGAGCUUGAAUAGCCAGCCGAGCCAAUCCAGGGGCAGAUCAUACAGCCGGGGAGGAGGAGGAGGUGGUGGUGGCGGGCGAAGGAGAUACUCUGGUGGGAAAAAAUGGUCCAGGAAAGGGGCCUCUGGUGGAGGCUCCCAGCGCCGAGGUAGUGGUUCUGGCGCGAGAGGCGGCGGCUCCGGGGGCGGCGGCGGUGGUUCGUCAUCUCGAUCAGGCGGAGGGAGCAGCGGCGGGUUCAAGCGCGACGGCAAGAUCGUCAAGAAGAGUGGAGGAGGGAUUGGUUUGAUGCCUUUAUGA